AUGGCGACAUCUUUUGAGAUACUGCAACUUCCUGACAUAUUUCUCUUGUUCAGAGCUCCGUACAUAUUACAGAGUGAUAAUGGGUCAGAGUUCGCAGCCGAAGUGAUCAAUGAGCUGAAAAUCAUCUGGCCCAAACUUGUCCUCAUUCAUGGAAAGCCUCGACAUCCACAGAGCCAAGGAUCCGUGGUUGCAUGGAUGGAAGACAACAACACCACGAAUUGGAGCAUUGGAAUCAAGUUUGUCCAGUUCCAGAAGAAUUCCAGCUUGCAUGCAGGUAUUCGCAGAUCACCCUAUGCAGCCAUGUUUGGAUGUGAGGCCAAAGUGGGCCUGACAAUGUCCUCGCUGCCUGAUGAGGUAAUUCAAAGGAUGCAGUGUGAGGAUGAUAUGCUAGCUGUGCUCACCACCGGUCAAAACGGAGAGGAACCAGGUCCUGUUCCCAGCGCUGAAUCAGCCGAAGUUAACUUUGAUACGGAACGUGCAUCGCCCGAAAACGGUUUGAGCCGCAGAGAGAAUAAUAUCAUUGCCCAGAGAAAAGGUGCCCAUACGAGUCAACUUACCCAGGCUGAACGCAAGGUCAAACGGAGUCGAAUUGACCUUGCAGCCGGCGAACCACUUGAUAAUGCUGCUGUCCCUAUUCCACUGGUACAUAGGGGUCGAGGUGAUCCUCGGAACAUUCUCGGUGUCGUCUUGUAA